AUGUGGGACUCUUUGUUACGAGGCAUUUCUUCCGGCAAUUUUCUGGAGGAGCCUUCGGCAGCUUCUGCAGCACAGCCGGUAGGAGAUCUGGCCGCGGGAGAUGGUGCUGUAGCAACUGCAGCAGCAGCAGAGGGAGCAGGCGCAGGAGCGCAGCGUCAUUCAGUGCAACAGAGAGCUUUGCAACGCCUCCGCGACGCCCUGCGGCAGAGCAGGCCGCAGUCCUCGCUUUACGGAUCCUCGGCUUCAGCAUCAGUUGUGCAAAUUGAGGAGGCGGUCGGCUUGGAAGAGGCCAAGCUACAGAACGCGGAGGCUUUGAGACACGAGUCUUUCGAAGUGACGAGCGAGGCAGUCCCUCAGCUCCUAUUCCCCCACUUUCAAGCAGCGCUUCCACAGUCUGCAGCUUCAGUUCCAGCGAGACUCCUCGCGGGGCAGCCAACGUCUGAAUCUUCAAGUCUCGACGAGUGGUAUGAAGAGGCCGCGACACAACAGCAGAAAGCCUCCUUUGACGGCAGCGAGGGGGGGGUGGAUCCAACGGGAGGCGCUUCUCCCGAAGAGGCCUCAAGCGGCAGUGCGAAGGGGGGGGGGAUGGAUCCUUUACUAGCCCCCUCGGCGACGCGGCAGAAGGGCGCCAGUGGCAGCCGCAGGAGCAGCAGCAGCAGUUCUUUUGAUUUCGAGGCAGACGAGGGAGAGAUCGUGUCAAGGGCAGGAGUAACAGGCCCUCAACGCAUUCAGGGGACGGCAGUAUCCGAGACUGCCGCAGCGGCAACAGCAUCCGCCGACGCUGGAGAAGAACCAGCAGAUUCUUUCCUCCUCGGGGAGGCAGACAAGUGUGCACCUGUAGAACACGUGCUCCUCGUCAUUCACGGCAUCGGCUGCGGCUCUCAGCACGAAGUUUGUCAGCAAGAGCAGCUCAGGCAUUCCAUCAGAUGCGUGAACUCUUUGUGGUAUUGGAGAAAGCCAGUGAGCGUUCACGUCCUCGCCAUCAACUGGAAAAGAUGCAUUGUGGAAGCACAAGACCACUUGUUUCAGAGCAUCGGCAUCUCCUCUAUGUAUGAAAUGCGGCGGCUCCUGACCUUAACCGCGGGGGACUUACUCUUCUUCAUGACGCCGCGCUUCGGAGAUUUCAUCAUGCAGCAAGUUGCUGCCCAGCUCAACGCUGCCUACCACCGACUGAAGCACCACUCCUCAGGCCGUUUCACCAACAGCCGCUUCAGCCUUCUUGGAUACUCCCUCGGCAGCGUCAUGGCAUACGAACUCCUUAGCGGAAAGUCUUUUAGACCCACGCAACACAAGUCCACCAGCGAAGUUCCCAAAUUGGAUUUCAACGCGGAGUGUCUUUUUCUGCUCGGAGGUUGUCUUCCGGCCUUCCUCCUCCUGAACUCGCCAGAGAUACUGAAGACGGGGUUGCAGCUCCCCCCAAAUUUGCGCGUCUACAACCUCUUCCACCCGUGCGACCCAGUUGCGUUCCGUCUCGAGAAAUUGGUAUAUCCAAACAUCAAAGAGGUGGCCCCUCCGGUUCUGAUCGCGUACUGGCGAACGAACGGAUUACAGGGCUGGUACAAGUGGGAUCUCAAUGUACAGCAAGCGAAGGACAUGGUGACGAGCAACCUCAACAACUUGACGGCCUCAGUCAUGUCUUGGUGGCGUCGGGAUAGCCCUCCUAAUGCACGGGGUAGUGUUCUCGUGGCGAAUGAGGAGGCCGCUUCUGCUGCUGCUGAUCGGCAGCUGCAAGAAACACCGCAAUCGCAGGAGCAGGAUGCGCAGCAAGACGUCCGGGAACGCAUCAGCAGCUCCCCAACCAGUCCACAACUUCGCAGCGACUUCAGGAGAAACGCUGAUCACUCGCGAGAACUCAAAGAGUUUAAGUCCAGACUGCAGCGCUCGAACUCUCAGCAAAGAGCUUACCCCUUCCAGACUAAUUGCGAAACCCGCAGUCUUUCCUCCUCCAGCAAGCUGAGCGGCAGCGGCAGUCUCGACAGCAGCAGUGGCUCGAAUGUGAGUGCCGACGAGGACGACGCCUUCAGUCACGUGGCUAGCUGGUUUCGACUCGGCUCCAAGCUGCACCGGGAGGACUUCAGCGCUGCCGCAGCAGCUUCAGAAACGGCUGCGGCUGAACGCCAGGCAGCAGAUGCGCCGGAGACGGGCAGAAGACUCAGCUCGGGAUGCGCCAGGCAGCUGAGAAGGCUAACACUUCAAGAUCGCAUCAGCCGCAGGCCUCGCGUCCAAACGCACCAAGAGACGCAGCCAGGAGCAGCAGCAACCGAAGCAGCAAAAGCGACGCUUGGAGGCGGCAGGCUGCGCGGGAGCAAGGCAGAGAGGCAAGGGCGAAGGAGGUCAACUUGCCACGAGUACUUCUCCACCGAAGAUGGAGGCGUGACGGUUCCCUCCGUGUCUGGGGAGACGCAGCGCGCUGUCUUGCAGCUGGAGGCCAUAAAUGCAAUGAAGCCGGAGCAGUAUAUACCGACGCGUCUUGACUACCAAUUACAAGAGGACACAGCCGAGCACUAUUUGUCAUCCUUGGCGAUCCUGAACAGCCACUUUAAUUACUUUAAACUCAAAGACGUCGCCUUCUUCAUUCUCAAGUGUCUCUCAGGCAAAAACCCCCUCAUGUCCUAUACAGAUCAUUUGCAGCUCUUGGAAGCCGCAGCGAAGAAAGCAGCAGACCAUGCGGCCAAAGAAGGGGACCUGGAGGAGCAGCAGAAGCAGCUGGAUGAAGCAGCGGCGCUCGCUGACCGUCUCGUGGCCUUCGAAGCCUCCCUGCAUCGACCCCGCAACAAAAAGUCUCAUAAGGCCUGA